GUAGUCGAUCACGUUUAAUUCUUACGUCAGUUUUCGCCGUUCGUCGCAGAUUGUUAUUUCGCAUUUCCACUGUUUACCUCGCUCUCUCCCGCCCCUUCCACCGCCAUUUCCCCAAGCAGCGAGUGACGUCAUGGCAGCGCGGUUGGUUAAAGUGUGGCGGGGCUGGCUGGCGUCGCUCAGUGCGGGCAGAGAGGGCGCCCCGAUCGCAUCGCGACGUGUUCAGAAGGGGGUUCCCAUCCGCGUCUUUCCUCACUCGACGCCUUUGAUGUAACCAUGGUGACAGUAGUUGGCGCAUCGGGGAUUUCCCUCGCUUAGUUUUCAUAUCGAGUGACGUGGAUCAGCCGUCAGAAAGAUUGUUAACUCGUUUCGUCACGGAAAGUGUUUUGCAACAAUGACUCCUCAGCUGUGCGGCGACACCUUUUCCGAACGCUGGCUCUGGUUUAAAAUAUCGUAAUUUGGAAAGCGUAUUAUUAUGGCGGCCGUGAAUUUUAUUUAGUGCGGUUCUAAGAGAAAUAAAAGUGUUCUCCGGUUCUGCCAGUAACAAUGCGCUGUUCUGUCGAAGUCUUGGUGUCGGAAGUUGUGAUUGGCACAACUGCAAUAUGACGGGCGCGCAACAAUGCGGUGACGAAAUGGGACGAAUGCAAAUUUAAAAACUGAGACGUAACGAUGACGACUUGGGAUUGGUUGACGGUGAGUUGUAAUGAGAGCGAUCCUGUGUCUUUAAUCGCAUAGAACGACGGCAAAUAACUCUGUUAACAGAACAAGACGCCAGUACAUCAAAUAUUACAGGUAACUCAACAAUGGCUUUUGUACCCAGCGCCCCUAGUGGCAUGGGAAACAAACUGAAACAGUUGCCGCAGACGUAAUUAAUGUGUAAGAUGCUAUCUCCAGUGCGAGCAGACUUCUGUUGUCACAGAUUAAAGGAAGGGGAUUUGAGUUACGUCGCCGGUCCUGUGUCGCGGCCAUUGGUGCUCCGUGCAUCGCCAUAUAACGUGGUUUCGUGAGAAGCUGACAGUUUGCAAACUGCAAGUUGAUUGUAUCACGUUAAGAAUUGCACAUCAUUUAUCGCCGUCUCCACACAGUCAUAUCCAAGAUCUGUGCGUAAUCUCCAACGCGAUUAACAACUGAAUAUCAGUCAUCGAUGCGGAACGAGAUAAACGCAAGAGUCUACAGUGAACACAGCGAAGCCACCAACAGCUCUCUGCUCGACUGAAGGCGAUUAGACGAAUUUCGCCUUUCUGCCAUUGACAUUUCACUUCUGCGCGUACAGAAUUUUCAGGAUAUUUUACCUUCCAUUAUUUUGUGGCAGUCGAUAUUCGUUACAAGUAAGUUAUUUCACUUGUCGGUCGCGUGGACGGGGCAGUCACCAGUCGAAUUGCACUGGAGAAAGGUGACGAUUGCAAGCAUUUAAAGCGAUGCUCAUAAUUGCUUCCGCGAAAUAUAAAGAACAAAUUUGUGAGAGCAAGAAAAGAGGCGAUCCUGAGAGACGGAACUGCGUUCUCUCUUAGGACGAUAGAAACUCGACAAGCGGGUUAAGAGAGUUUCAGGACUUGAGAUCGAACACCUGCCGGCGCACUGCCUACCUUGGCUGUCACGGGCCCGGUCGUUUCGCGAUACCAAUGCCCUCUGUUGACCAGGCAUCCAAUGAGCGCGGUUUAGAGUGGCGUGUCAGAUCCCUGUGAACCACAGUACCUCUGCCAGCUCAAGUACCGACGGCGUAUGGAGGGCAGUAACGUCACCAUAGCAACGACAACUUCGACUUCGAUAUCCGGGCCGCAGCCGUGGUUUCCCGGUCCCGAUUCCCACUACAGCGCGGCGGAGGCCGUCAUCAUCGCCCUGGUCCUGCUGUGUGUCAUCAUCGGCACAGUGGUCGGCAACAUUCUGGUGUGCGUGGCGGUGUGCCUCGUCCGGAAACUGAGGCGCCCCUGCAACUACCUGCUCGUGUCGCUCGCCGUCUCGGACCUCUGCGUUGCCAUUCUCGUCAUGCCCAUGGCUCUGCUGUACGAGAUCCUCGGCCGCUGGAACUUUGGCCCUGUCGUGUGCGAUCUCUGGGUCUCGUUCGACGUCCUCUCGUGCACGGCGUCGAUCCUGAACCUCUGUAUGAUCAGCGUCGACCGAUACUACGCCAUUACGAAGCCGCUGGAGUACGGCGUGAAGAGGACGCCGCGCAGGAUGAUCGCGUGCGUGUCCCUGGUGUGGCUGGGGGCCGCCUGCAUCAGCCUGCCGCCCCUCCUCAUCCUGGGAAACGAGCACGGGCGCACCGGGACUGGCACCUCUCAGCACUGCGUCGUCUGCCAGAACUUCGGCUACCAGAUCUACGCGACGCUCGGCUCCUUCUACAUCCCCCUCACUGUGAUGAUAGUCGUGUACUACAAGAUAUUUAGGGCGGCCCGCAGGAUCGUGUUGGAGGAGCGGCGGGCGCAGUCGCACCUGGAGACGCACAGCUACCUAGAGAUCAGCGUCAAGAACGGGGGCGGCCCGCCGGAGACCAGGGUGGCGAGCAACACCUCGUCGCCAGCGGUCGCCUCUGCGGCGAGGGUGCAGCAUCAUAGGACAAGCACAGCGAGCACCACCACGACUUGCAGCGGCAGUACGCGCUGUUUCUCGACGUCUGCCGCGCCGCGACGCUCCAACGAGUCGCAGUGCCCGAUCCUCCACCAGCACGGCGCCAGGCAGGGGGGUGUCGCCAAGUUGACGCGGAGCAAAGCCAGCAGCCAGUCCUCGGCUGCGCCCUGUUUGACUCUGUCCCACCACAAGAAGCUGAGGUUCGCCCUGGCCAAGGAGCGCAAGGCCUCCACCACUCUGGGCAUCAUCAUGAGCGCCUUCACCAUCUGCUGGCUGCCCUUCUUCGUCCUGGCGCUGGUCCGGCCCUUCCUGAGUAGCGACCCGUCCCCCAUCCCCCCGUCUCUCUCCAGCCUCUUCCUCUGGCUGGGCUACGCCAAUUCCCUCCUCAACCCCAUCAUCUACGCCACCCUGAACAGGGACUUCCGGAAACCGUUCCAGCAGAUUCUCUUCUUCCGGUGCGGGUCGCUGAACCACAUGAUGCGAGAGGAGUUCUACCAGUCGCAGUACGGAGACCCGGAGCAUCACUACUCCGUCAUCAACAGCAGUCAUCAGUACCAGGUAGCUCGGGAGGACGACGUGGAAGAAACUGCACCGGGGCUUGAACCCGAGCGCACCGCCUCUGGCGCCUCGCCGGCCGCCGACGAGUCCUUCCUGUGAUAGACACUUCCGCCGGCGAGUUUCCGAAACUUUCUGACCCCCGCUGUCACCGGUUCUCUUCGUUUCUGAAAUCUCUACAAACUGCCCUUGAAAUUACCUCCUUAUCAGGCGUUCUUCUCGCUCUAGCAUGUCCGUCCGUCCGUCGCGUUGUUGCGCACCAACAGGUGCAACAACGACCUAAGUGAUGUGACGCGAAGGGCGCCUUCAGAAUACCAGUGUACUCCAGAGAGUGCACUUUUCCGGUCUUGUUGUGUUGUGCACCGUUGCACCAGGGAAGUCUUUAAAUGCAGAGAAGUUUUUGUUACCAUGGAAACCGAAUUAUUGUGUUAAAAAUAAUUAUGACGUCACAUUUCGCCGUCUGCCGCCUUAACGUUACCACUAAAUUUUAAUACGUACGUAAUAAAUACAUUGUAAGUGAGGCAUUCGCGUUGAUAAUUUGCGAGCAACUCAGAUAAGAAAUCAGACGCUUAACAAUGUUUAUUUGUGGAACGUAAUGCAAAAUUUGAAGGUUUUCGUUUCACUUUUCGCCGUACUGACCCAACGAAACAAAAUAAAUGAAAGGAGAGAUACCCAAAGAAAGUUUAUAUGUAUAUAACUCCAGCCAUGAUUUACUUAACAGCAGAACUCCAAGUCGAAAUAGGCAGACAUGUGACGUCAGUACUGGGCUUGUGUAUUUACUGGCUAAGGAGGAAAGGGUUAACAAAACACUGUUCGUACGCUCAGCGCUCUAGCUGAGAGAACGUAAGUUUUACGCGGCGAGCUGAGGUCACAAGUGCGAGGGGUCAGACCGAGCUGAAAAACGAAUUUUAAGGAAACGUCCUCCGGGUUUCCCGGAACAUAGCAGAGUGCUGCCGCCUUACCCUAAAUACAAAAGGGCGAUCAGAUUUCGUCUGGUGCAGCGAGAAUCACGAACAGACUUGGACCGCAUUUCGGUCUAAAGUGGGGCCUGAUGUUGGUGGGCCGUUCUCUUCUAGAGCUUUCCUCAGGUAAAAUUACUUUCUGAAUGGCCUACGCUUCGUGGCGUUUAGGGCAACGCCGCUGUCUUGAGUCAGUUUCCUUUACUCUCUGCUGAAGAAACGUCACAGAUAGUGAAAGGAUGAAGUGUCCGUGGUUUAUAUCGCAAGACUGUACCAAGGAACAUUUAAAUGAACAUUUUAUACUUAAAUGUGUCAGUGAGUAAUGGCGUCUGGUGAUUGGAUCCGUCAUUGCAUUUGCGAAACGAGUUGUUUAUUAUUUUAAUUUUCUCGGCCUCCAGUUACCUAAUGUCAGCUUAAUUUAAAUAUCAGUAUUAUUUGUUCGUUUAGUUGCAAGCAGCUUCAGUGAAGACAAACCUCUCAAUACGUUUUGUUAGCCGACAUUUUACGCGUGCUUACACCCAAACCGUCCCAGUUUUUGGUGUCAUGAUAGGGCCCUUUUUAAGCGGAGGGCAGGCCUGUGGAUUAGGCGUGGGGGCCAGCAGUCAUCAACUGCACCUACUCGCAAAAUGCCGGUGUUAUCGGCGCUGUUUGCGUGUCGUAUCGACCCACUUCCAUUCGCGCACUAGCCGCCACUGCUCCGCCGCCCACAGGAUCCUUUGAUACAGUAACCCGGGUAUGAUCAGUGUAUGUGUUAACGAUAUUUUACCGUGUUAUCUGCCAUCUUGUGUUCUAUGGUCGCCCAGUGAUUAAUGACCGCGUACAUAAGUUCGGAUGGAGAGGGAAUUUCAAGUUUGAUGAAGGGAAAUAAACUGUCAAACAAGUAACUGGCGACACUGUAUACCGAUAAGCGUGCGGGUUGCAUUGACAGGCGAAGUUCGCUGUGACGGGAAAUCCAUUCACAGUUCCCAUCCAGCGCUGUAAC